AGUAUCUGAGCAGAAAGUUUUCAAAGCCCUAAAAUUUUCUCUCCAAUGGCUUCUAAUGAUCCGACCCGGAGUCCGAUUUACCCGCAAGUUGUCGACCCGGAUUUUGAAAAUCCGUUCCAUUCCUCAUCUUCGGCGGCGAGCCGGGCCCCAAUGUACCCCGUCGUUGACAUGAAAGAUGUGGAGAACCUAUUUCCAGAAAAUUACGAAACUGUCCAUGGAUAUUAUCAACAUUCCCCAUCUGCCCCUCCGGAGGCGGUUGAAGAAACCCUCCUCAUUGUUCCCGGCGCGAUCCUCCACUUGAUCGAUAAGCAGUACUCCGUCGAGCUCGCCACCGGCGACUUGGCACUAGUCAGUAUCCGGCAAGGAGAUAACACCGUCGCAGUCUUCGCUAGGGUUGCAGACGAGAUCCAGUGGCCGUUAACCAAGGACCUAGCCUCCGUAAAGCUCGACAAUUCGCAUUACUUCUUCUCGUUUAAAUUUCCGAAUGUGGACGAUGAUUCAGAUUCGAGUGAUGAAGAAAAAAGCAAGGGGAAGAAGGAAGGGAAACGCGAGGAAAAACAAAAGGAUAUGGGAAACGACGUGUUAAACUAUGGACUAACAAUUGCUUCCAAAGGCCAGGAUAAUUUGAUCAAAGAUCUGGAUACAAUUUUGGACAAUUGCAGCAGCUUUUCGGUUCAUAAGGUGGAGGAAACCGCGUCCGUAGUGAUGGGAGGGCCGGUGGCGAAGGAGGUGUCCCCGGCCGACUUGAAGUCGGAGAAGAAGAAGGAGAUUUUGGAAGGGCGAUGCGCCGCUUAUUGGACCACAUUGGCGCCCAAUGUGGAGGAUUACAGUAGCUCUGCAGCGAGAUUGAUGGCUUCCGGGUCAGGGAAGCUGAUAAAGGGGAUUUUGUGGUGCGGGGAUGUUACCGUUGACAAUUUGAAGUCGGGGGAUGAGGUUCUGAGGAAGAGGAUGACCUCUGGUUCCAAGGCUGAGGUUAGUCCUGAGACCAUGAAAAGGAUCCGGAGGGUUAAAAGGGUGACAAGGAUGACUGAGAAAGUAGCAACUGGGGUCCUUUCAGGAGUUGUUAAGGUUUCGGGAUUUUUUACCAGCUCUGUUGCAAACUCCUCAGUAGGAAAGAAGUUCCUUGGCCUCUUGCCCGGGGAAAUGGUACUCGCCACACUGGAUGGAUUUAGCAGAAUUUGUGAUGCUGUUGAGGUAGCUGGAAAGAAUGUUAUGUCUACAUCAUCCACUGUAACAACUGGACUAGUCUCUCACAAGUACGGAGACGAGGCAGCUAAGGCGACAAGUGAAGGACUUGAAGCUGCAGGGCAUGCCAUGGCAACUGCAUGGACUGUUUUCAAACUCAGAAAAGCAUUAAACCCUAAAAGUGCUCUGAAACCCACAUCUCUAGCUAAAGCUGCAGCUGAGAUUAAGGCUAAGAACAGUCCCAAGAAAUCGUAAGGUCCUCUACUACUGCUAUGACUUCUUAAAAUAUAGCUGUUCCCAAAUCUCAACUUGUGAACCCUGUGUCAGAUUUCUGAAAACAUUAUUGUAUUGAUGAGAAAUCCUUGUUUGCAGAUUAGUUUUUAAAUCCUUUGUGAAACUCAUCUUUUUUUUAUGGUCUUAGUAGUGAGAGUUAUCUUUAAGCCA